AUGGACUAUUUGAGAGAGUUUGCAGAAAAAGUAACGUUUCUGCCGCCGGAGGCAGAGGCGCCAGGGAGGAGAGAAAAGAUGAGCUGCUUCUCUUGUUGCAAGCGGGUGGAUGAGCCUGAAGAAUCUGUAAGGAAUACCAGAACAGGGAGGACAUAUUCUAAUGCUAGUGGCGGGAGGAGAUUGACCGCCCUUAUUGCAACUUUCUCUAUUAAGUCAGGUAGCAGCCAAUGUAGGAAUUUGCACAAAGAGAUACUCAAGACUGGACAUGCAAAAAAAUCUGCUCAGCUCUUUACAUAUCAGGAAUUAGCUGCUGCAACUGAUAACUUCAAUCCUGAUUCUCUGGUGGGAGAAGGUGGAUUUGGGAAGGUGUACAAAGGACACAUAGACAGCAUCAAACAAGUUGUGGCCGUGAAGCAACUGGACCGGAAAGGAUUGCAAGGGGGUAGAGAGUUCUGUUCUGAAGUUAUCAUGUUGAGUUUGGUUCAACACCCAAACCUCGUCAAUCUGAUUGGCUACUGUGCAGAAGGAGACCAGAAAAUUUUAGUGUAUGAAUUCAUGGCCAAUGGUUCUUUGGAGAAUCACUUUCUAGGUAUGCAAAAAACUAAUUUGGACCCAAAAGUUUCAUAUAGUGAUGGGCUACUUUUGUGCAACGAAACUGAAUGUACAUUUUCUUUUUGUUUAGAUCUAUCUCCAAAUAGAGAGCCUCUUGAUUGGUAUACCAGGAUGAAAAUAGCCGAAGGAGCAGCUAGAGGACUUGAGUACCUGCAUGAGACUGCCAAUCCACCGGUGAUUUAUCGCGACUUCAAAGCAUCUAAUAUACUGUUAGAUGACAAAUUCAGUCCUAAGCUCUCUGAUUUUGGACUUGCUAAGUUAGGUCCAACCGGAGACAAGGACCAUGUGUCUACAAGGGUGAUGGGAACUUAUGGCUAUUGUGCACCAGAGUAUGCUUCAACAGGACAGCUGACAACCAUGUCUGAUGUAUACAGCUUCGGCGUUGUAUUUCUGGAGUUAAUCACGGAAAGGAGAGCUAUUGAUGAUAGAAGGCCAGUUAGAGAACAGAACCUAGUCAGUUGGGCAAAGCCAAUGUUAAUGGACAGAAUAAACUAUGCAUCAAUGGCUGACCCGUUGCUUGGAGGGAAAUUUCCGGUAAAGGGUUUGAAUCAAGCUGUUGCAAUUGCAGCAAUGUGUCUCAAUGAGGAAGCUGACUGCCGACCUUCGAUGGGUGAUGUUGUAACUGCCCUUGAGCAUCUAUCCUUGCCAAUAUAUGAUGAACUGGAUGCCAAGGGUGCAUCAGGAAACAAUGGUGGGCAUGUUGAAUCAGUAAAAAGAAAAAGUUUUAAAGGAGACCGAGAGCUAUAGCAAUUUGCCUCAAGGUGCAAGCUGAAGAAGGUGCAUUUCAGAUUCAAGCUGAAUCUUAUUUCCAUUACUAACUAUGGGGAUCUUUUAUUUGUAUUUUCCUGUACCUAUUAUAAUUAGCUUGUUCAAUUGAUAAAGCUGAAUCUGUAGUUUGUAUAUAUAAUCCAUUCCCUGUACCCAAAAUGUUGACAAAAAAAAAGAAAAAAAAAAUCAAAUUCUAAGAGAUCAUGUGUCAGUUUUGCACUAGUGGACUGAAAUCAAAAGCCUUUUGUCCACUUUAAA